UCCGUAUAGCUUACGUCGAACAAAACAUGUGUCAGUUUCUUUUAGCCUCUAUCUGUCAAAGGACCGUGAUACCAUGGUGACGCGUGUGAUUCUCAUCUUAUUCCUCUCUCCGUCGACGUCGGUGCUAUCUUUACGUCCAACGUUUUGCCAAAGCAACAAGAGGUUGACUUAACAUGGAAGGAGGAAAGAGAACUCCGUUGAGCACGCGAAAGAAACCAAAGAGGACAAACAUAAGACUUGUCAGGAAUGUCGUCGCCUACCUCAAAUCAGAUGCAUACUUGUUCGCUCCUCUGUUUUCCAAAAUUUCACCGCUCCCGCCGCAGAUACAGAUGCCUCCGCCGUCUCAUUCCGAAUCAUUGAAGACGGAGGUGGCGGUAAAGAAGAACAAGAAAAGACUGUCGGAGAAAGUGAAGGAAUAUCUAAACUCUGACUGUCAUAUGUACAGACCGAUGAUCUCGCUUCCGAAGCCUGGUUCUUCUCUUAAAGGGACUUUACAAAUUACGAACUUGGUUACGAUGGAAGUAUCAGCGAGUAGUGCAACCGUGAGGGAAGAUAACAACAACUAUAGGAAUCUCAGGUCUGACAUUGCAGAACACGCAAUGCACAACGGAAGGAUCAGCAUUCCAAAGCCAGCACUGGUCAUCUUAGAAGGAAAACGAACUUGACUAAGCCCUGAAACAGAUCUCUCACUAGCCUUUUCCUCUUUACAAGAGGAAAAAAUGGUGAAGCCUGAUCCAAGGAGAGUUCCAAUUGAGUAAAGUUAAUGUAGACAUAAUCGUCGAGCUUAUCAUUGUAAAAAUCCAUUUUAAUUAAUUGUAUAACAAUAAUUACAAGCGUUUUGAGAGAGAAGAAAGAAUUGGUUUUAUUGUGUGACUGGAAAGCGUGUCUUGUUGAUAAGCUUGUAGGAUAUGAUGUAUGAAUUAGGAUGACAAAGAUGUGUCUGUUGUCUGAACAUAUUGCCAUGUUACCUGUCUAGUCUUUGAUAAGUAGUUGUAUGUCGAGAAAACUGUUACAAUUCUGAAAUAGCUUGUAAUAUCCUUUUUGCUAACUCACCACUGGAAGUUUAAUUAAAAACAAAUCACUUCAGUUGUGUAAUUAAAAUUGGAAGUUUGAUCAACUAUAUAUGAUCUACCAAGCAAAUACUAAGUGGAACUUGUUUAUAUCUUACAGAUAUUUUGGUGUAGAAAGGAUGAUUACAAACUAAUGUUUAAAAAAAAAUUAAGGAGUUCUAAAAUAGUAGGAUCCGUAGUUUAUUUGCGAAUCCAUAGUUUAUUUGCGAAAAUGGUGAAAACUGAAAAGGACUGAAGCUGGAGAGGAGAAGGGGAAGGAGUUACAAACUUCUAAGUAAUAAUCGUGUGCACGUGAGGUUCAUUCAGUUUCUGUGUCCCACAUCGCAGACCCGUCCCCAUAUGACAUCUCAACACGCGCAUGCAAGAAAGCUUUAGACUAUAUGUAUACACGUUGGCAUGGUGUAUGUAAUUAUGUAUACAUUGUUCAUUAUUGCAAUCAUCUGUCAAAGUACAUCAUCUGUCAAUGUUACAAAGUCCCUAGUCUAGUUUUGAAAAUAAUGCAAAACUAGCAGACAGAGUAAUCAGAAUUUGAAAAGAUAGGACGAUUACUAUGAGAUGUAUGGAAAUACUAUUAAUCUGUAAAUGGGAUAUGUCUAUGAUAUGACACAGUCGUAUUGGAGCAUGCACAUGAGUCCCCGAGAAAAACGGAAACUAUGGCUAGAGAGAUAGAUACACGUGUAUGUGGACACUCACAAAAUCGUAAUCUCAUAGAUAAUUAAUUAAUUUUGUAAAUAUUAUUAUGAAUGUGAGUGAGCAAGAGAAGAGAGGAAACAACUCAGCGAAGAAAAAGACGUAAUGUGUCUUUUUAUAUGUAAAAUAGACAUGCAUGCAUGGGCUUCAUUGCAGAUACGGCCAUUUAUGAAUAUUGUCAUUAUUAAUAAUGUUAUUUUCUCUAUACAUCCAUCGACUGAUGUGGUGAUCUAAUUCAACCAAAUUAGUUAAUAUGUCUGAAAAUACAGCGGUUUUUGAUAGUGGCAUUUACUUAAGAUCUAGCCUCCGAGAUAUGUUUAGGUUUUAGUCGACGCGAGAAUAAUGAGUAGACCCUGGUCGAGGAAAUUUCUGAAAAUUUACCACAUAAAACAUCCAGACUCAAAGCCCUAGUGACCAACUUGUCACGCUUUUUUCUUUUUUAGCAUGGUCGGUGUGGUCAUACGCUCUUAAUUACCACUAGUAUCUAUUUUUCAAAUGCUUUGUUGGUUCUUCUAAUAUCUGCCUUAGUUGUUUCUUAGGUAUGAGAUUUUAACUUUUAUGGAGAUUAAUUGUUUCAUGCAAGCUUUUCCCAUCUAUAAAGACAAUCUUAUCUUGUAAACAAUUUAUGUUUCUAAAAAAAUAAAAUUGAAAGCCCUUUAGUAAAAAAAAACAAUUUAUACAUUUAACCCUAGAUCGGAAACCUUUGUUCUAGAGAUACGCGGUCCUAUGUAAUAAAGUAUUACCAAUAAACACUUACACUACAAUGUCAUAAUAUAUACUCUUAUAUUUUAAUAUGAAUUUGGACGUUUAAAACUGUUAUUUCAUGAGAUUUAGCUCAGGGUCAGCACACAAAUUGAUUUUGAACAAAGGCCCCGCAUCCUUGAUUUUAAGAUGAUAAGAUCGAUAUUAAACUUACGUGUAGCUCUUUUAGUUCUUAUAAAUCGUGAUUUGAAGCCAUUUUCGGAUCGCUCCCAACAUACGACGAAUCAUUAAUUGAUGAAUAUUAGUGCAGCCACUUGUUGCGGAACUGUUCACAACCUAAUGUACCUCUAUACAUGGUGUCCUUUCAAAUUCUUAUAUAAUCAUAGAUAUCACUAGGGUUCGUACAUUGAAGAAAAGACGUCAAGUUUUUAUUGGUUAUGAAAAGAAAUCCCAUCUAGUCGGAUUAUUCGUCAUCGUUAUCCGCUAGUCGCUGUUGACUAGUGUUCUACAGUCUCUCUAUACGUACGAUACUAUUUUGAUGAGAAAUCGACCCAUACAACGUAGUUUGUUGUUGAAAUAGUAAUCAUCAAUAAUAUGAGGCUUUUUUUGUAAGUAUUAGAAUUAUUUGUUGGUUGGCCUGUGGAGGCAAAGCGUAGAACGUGGACUCAUAGUCUUCCGAAUUUUGCUAUCCACUCAUGGAUGGGUUUUGGUCAAUACGGGUGUGUUCUCUGUCGUAUGUGCAUUACUAAUUAAUUACCCAUUAAUGUAACCGUGUAUUAUUGGAUCAACAGAGCAACAACAAUAUCUAUACAAUAAGAAUUCAAAUGUUUGAAUUUUUUUUUUUUCAAAAAAGAAUUCAAAUGUUUGCAAAACACAUCAUGUAGCUUCUUUAUCAAAAAGCACCAUGUAGCUUCCAUCACCAUUGUCCAUAUUAAAAACUUUCGAUGCCGUAGUUUAUAAUUUAAAAUAUGAUGAGACAUUUAUUUUGCUCUUGUGUGUUUAAGAGAAUCUUCUCAAGCUUAGUAAUUUUGAAGAUCUUGUGUAAUUGUUUUUAUUUAGCGGAAAAGGAAAAUAUGGUUAGAAAAACAUGAUUUUAAUUCACAUGGCGAAAAAAAUAAAUAUCAGCUUAAAAGCCUCUGUAAAUCUUAAUAGUGAACAUCAUUAUCGGUGAAACACUUUUUUGGAUUUCUAAAUUUUUUUUUGGCUGAUUUUAAAAAAAUAAAAAUAAAAAGUGAAUCAAUCGCGGACCGCUACGUGUCGGUGGACCCACGAACAGUUGACAAAACCCACCAUGAUCGUUUCUUCAUUCACGCUUUUUGCAACCGGUUUUGUAAUUUUUGUGGGAUCCAAGCUUUUAAAAACUCUUUUGGAACCUGCAAUAAUGGUGCUCUUAAGUUUCUACAUACCCUUUCGACAAGAAAGAGAAAAACAUGAACUUCAAUUUACAGGCUAUUUGGAUAAUAUUUAUUGACAAAAUAGUUUUAAACUUUAAGUUAUAUCAUCCGCGCUACUAUAAAUCCAUUACGAUUGUCAUUCACACGUGGGCUGAUUGACAUCAAGCGUGAGAGAGUCAUUCAUGUUUUUUUACGCAGAAAAGAGUUAUUCGUGUCUUCGUCCAACUUAUCUAUAAAAUCACAUCGUCUCUUGUUUAAUCCACAUAUCAUCUCUCUAACUAUCUCACCCACACUCUCUCUAGAUUUUCUUACGAUAGCGUAAUACGUACGAAGAAAACCGUUCGUGUGCAAAAGGAUGAGGUGUAGAGGGCUUCAAGUUCGGAGAAGAAAGAGAGUAAUGGUUAAUGUGAACUCAAGGAAGCUCAUGACCCGUCUCCGGCAGAUGGUUGCUCCGGAAACGAUUUAUUCAGGUGAAGUUGACGAUAACACACUUUACCGUCUCACGGCUGAUCACAUUUUGCUACUCCAAGCAAGAGUCCAACUUCUUCGUCGUAUUUCUUCUUUAUGUGGUCUUUAGAUCGAAGAUCCAUAACCAUAUAUUCACGUGGCUGAAAUAAACGAAGCAACGGUAUAAUCGUGGAACAAACGUCUAUUUUAUUAUAUAUUUUCUUAAUUUAGUGAUCUUGGUUACUCGUAAAUUAUGAUGUCUACUCUAUAAUUUGAUGUAAUUAUGUGGAUUUAUAUUUGUGUUGUAUUUUAUUGUGAA